CCACGUCCGGAAGCACGCCAUUGCCAUGCAUCCCCGUUCCUCAGACGCUAUAAAUCCACACCUCCACCGUGGCCAAUCACUCGAUCAGAUUCUUCACAGGCAGACUUGCAGAGAGCAAUACGAUGGCAGCAAUGGCGGCUUCGGCUACUGCAUUCUGCGUCGCGCUGCUGCUGGUUUCCCUCCAGGGCGCCCACCCGGCGCCUGAACCACAGACCACGGGCCCGUCGUCGUCCAGCUGCACCACCGAGCUCCUACGCCUCCUCCCCUGCCUCUCCUUCCUCGACGGCGGCGCCGCCGCGCCGCCCGACACCUGCUGCGCCAACCUGGGGAGCAUGGUGCACGACGAGCCGCUGUGCCUCUGCCAGGCGCUCAGCCAGUCCGGCUCCGGCAGGUCCCCUGUCGCCGUCAACAUGUCCCGCGCCGUGCUGCUGCCUUCCCUCUGCCGGCUCGAUCUCCCCGCCGCCGCCGGCGCCUGCCAAGGGCUCCUUCCAGCGGGACAAGAACCGUCACCGCCGGUGAGCGUGCCAAGCACGAGUGUGAACUCCACUGCUCCAUCGAUGCCGACGCCGAUGACACCGAUGCCACCACUGACUACAGCCGCACCGAGGACGACCAGCCAGAAUCCGGGAUACAGCAGCGGGUCCAAGCUCAUAGCUGAUGCCAUUUCUGCCGCACUUGGUUUCAUGGCGCUGGCGACAGUUCUAGCGUUCUGAAAUGAUCAUCUAGACUUUCUGCAAAUUAGAGUUUUCCUAGAGAAUUUAGUUAUUGCCUGAUGUUUUUCUUAGCGCCUGUAACAGCAAGAGGAUUUAGUUGUUGAAGGAGUGAUUUGUUCAUCCGGAUGUUCUCCUGAAUAAAUAAUUUUCACUUCAAUUCUU